GUGCUUGAAAUCGUUUGACUGACCGCCGAAUUCGAGUAAUCACUGAUCUAGAGUUGAAGUUCAUUGUGUUUGGAAGCCACGCCAAGUUUUGUUUGUCGCGAAAAAGUUAUAAAACAGUGCAAAAUAAUCUAAUAAACAGUUUCGGCUACUAUCAAUUGUUUCAAUAUGAAGCGCGAAAACGAUGAAAAUCAGGACAAUGAACUGCAUCAAGAUGAAGACGACAAUGAUGAUACAAACGACAAAAAGCCUGCAAACAAACGAUCCCGGAAAGACGAGGAGGAAGUUCGUCUUUUAAUUCCCAGCAAGAUGGCUGGAGCUAUUAUCGGAAAAGCAGGACAUAACAUCCAAAAGCUGCGUACAGAGUACCAAGCCCAAGUGAAUGUAGGCGAUUGUACAGGCCCCGAACGUGUUCUCACCAUCGGCGGCGACAUGGAAACAAUUACCAAGGUGGUUAAGGACGUCAUGAAGCAUCUGGAUAAGCCUGGAGAAAAUGAGUACGAACUGCGAAUUUUGGUUCACCAGAGUUUGGCGGGAUGCGUUAUCGGUCGAGGUGGCACCAAAAUCAAGGAACUGAAAGACCAAAUUGGAUGUAGGCUGAAGAUUUUCUCCAACAUCGCUCCCCAGAGUACUGAUCGAAUCGCGCAAGUGAUUGGAACUGAAGAGCAAUGCCUUACGGCACUGAACGACAUCAUCGGAUUGAUCCAGGGAACGCCAAUUAAGGGCCCAGUUCACAACUACGAUCCUCACAACUAUGAUGAUAUGUACGCCGAAGAAUACGGUGGUUAUGGAAUCGGCGGAGGUGGCGGUGGAAACUUUCGGAACGGUCGUGGUAAUAAUGCGGGAGGAAAUUCGGGCGGAAACGCUGGUGGGUUCGAUCGUCGCGAACGCUUCAAUGAGCGAGGAGGCGGCGGUGGUGGUGGCGGCGGACGUGGCUAUGAUCGUGGGAACGAUCGUAACCGUGGCGGCAUGAGCAGAGAUCGAGAAUUCAUCAAUCCGUGGGCCCAGAACGUGAACGGGAAUCAAAUGGGAGGCAAUGCCUUCGGAGGAGGUGCCGGGCUUGGAAUGGGCGGUAUGGGAGCAAUGAAUCAAGGUGGCUUAGGAGGAAACAUGGGUAGCAUGCCUAACAUGGGAAACAUGGGAAAUAUGGGCAAUUUAGGAAAUAUGGGCAAUGGAAACAUGGGAAAUUUUGGAGCUCAAAAUACAAGUAUGGAUAACAAAACAUCUACCCAGGUUACAAUCCCAAAAGAUUUGGCUGGUGCAAUUAUCGGAAAGGGCGGUGGUCGUAUUCGUAGGAUUCGGAAUGAGUCAAACGCUUUUAUCCAAAUAGACGAAGCUUUACCGGGUUCAACUGAUCGCAUCAUCACAAUCACCGGAUCCCAAAAGGAAAUUCAAGCGGCCCAGUACAUGUUACAACAAAGCGUGCGUGAAAAUCUUGCUGGUGGAGGCGGCAACGGUGGCGGUGGAUUCAAUCGCAACUAAACGCAUUUAAUUUGCUAUUCGCAUACAAAAACCAUUUAGUCUGUAUGAGACACAUAUUAGUAAUAAGUACAUCAAUACAGUGGCGAAACAUUCAUUCACAUCAGCAUACAGAUCUACCCUCGUUCUGAUUAGUAAUUCCGAUUAACUUCAGUGUGAAAUUAUGAUGAUGUAGACAGGUUAUUUUUCGCCACUGUAACGUGACCAAGCAAAGCCACCGGCUCAGUAACAAAUCCAAGAAAUAACUGAGCUAAACAAUACGUGUAUAAUGUCAUCAUGAGAUCGUUCUGCGACCUUUUCAACUAUAAUAACAGCAGUCGAUCCAUUCUUCUGUUCAAAGAUAUCUACCCAAUUUUAAUUAUACUGAAUAAUUUUGAAAUGUAAGAGAACAGAAGUAAAGUAUUAUUUUACCAUGUUUUUAUACACCAUUUUGGCGACACAAAGUUGAAUAUUUCUAAUAAAACGACCGAUUAUUCCCCUGAAGCUAUAUGUUUCACUAUGGCCAGUUAAAAAUGUGAAUAAAUAAGUUGCAUCGUUUAUUUGUAAUACAAAUGUCUCAAGAAAAUUAUAUAGAAGUGCAACCACGUUUGUCCAGUACAAAGUUAAAAAUACCUAUCUGUUUUAAGGAACGCAACGUGUGCGUUGCAUAAAGUACCAAAGGGCAGACACGGGAAACAUUGGAAUUAUAAACUACAUACGACAUUGAUUCAAAAACCUAUAAGCAACUAGAAGAAGUCGUUUGAACUGAGGAUGAAUGUUGCCGCGAAAAAAAUGAGUUGAUUAUGGAACUGAUCUAUAAAAUAUUAUGCCUUGAGUUCAUUGAGGAAAUAAAAAAUAAAUAUGAAUGUA